AACUAGACGAGAAGAUGACGUAUGUACUCACCAAAAGUCGGGGUCCAGAACAGCAAUUUUUUUUUUACUUGUGUCAAAUUUCACGUAUAAAUCCAACAAUAUGGGAUUGACCAUGACCAGUCACAUUGUUAAAUUAAGAGAGGCUAGAUCUCUUAAUUCAGCCAUAAUAAAACAUUUACUGCUAAUAAAUAGGUACAGACCGUGGUUGUAACAAGAAAUUCGUACAAGUAUAAAAAAGUUCCCCGUGCGGUGAGAAAUUGGCAUAAUCAUCACUAAUCAGCUAUACGCGACGAAGAAUAUUUAAAAAAUGAGUCAAGUUACUUGGGACGCCUCCCUGUCCCCAUCCCUCAUAGAUAUCCCUCUUCACACCGCCCUCCUCCGUGGCACCGAAUCCUUCCUUGCCGACCAAAAUCCCAUCGGUCACUGGAACUAUGGCACCAACGUGCACACCUUCGACAUCACCUUGCUCAUCAUGACGCUCCGUUUCAUUGGGGAACCUCCACGUCCCUCCUUUGAAAAAAAGGUCAUCACCUACCUCACCAGGAGAGAAUUAAACCACGGCGGUUGGUCCAUUGUCCCUGACGAGGAUAAAUUCGAUCUCAGUGAAAGUGUUAAGGCAUACAUUGCUUUGACGCAGAUGGGCGUCUCGAAAAAUUCAUCCCUUCUCACGCGUGCGCGUGACCGGAUCUUACGUCACGGAGGGGCUGAACGAAUGAACGUACUAUUAAAACUUUAUUCCGCCCUGACCAGAAUUAUACCUUGGCAAGCAAUCCCACCCAUACCGUUGGAAGCUUUACUCAUCCCACCAUGGACGCCCGUUAGUACCUAUAAUGUCGGAAGUUUUGUCAGAUUGGGAUUUAUGAUAAUGCUAGUCUCCAGAAGUGUAGAUUUAGCUGAAAAGUCUCCCGUCCUAACAGAUUUUGACGAGCUGUUCAUCAACAAAGAUAACGUUUUGGAUAAUUCGCUAAUUGGACCGUUUCAGAAUCCUUAUUUGCAUGGAAUAUUCCGACGAGUCAUGCCAUUACUUGGAGUGGUGGAUAAACUAGUGCCACAAGCCGUGAGGGAGUGGACGAUUAAGAGGGUGGUUAAAGAGUUGGACGAUAUGACAAACCCGGUCGGGGGACUCUUCGGAACGGGCACGGCGACAGAAAUUUUACUAAUUAUGUAUCACAAACUCGGCCUGAGUAACAGUUUGAAGGCACGAGAGGCUCGAGAAGCGCUGCGACUUCGGGAAAUUGAAGGAAUAGAAGAAGCAACCUCGACACUAUUCGAGUCCUCCGUUUGGGACACGGCAUUCAUCGCGAGGACUUUGAUGGAAUCACAUAAGAUUGACAACGCUAGCCAGGUCGGGAUCGAGAAGGGACUCGAUUGGCUAACAACGCAGCAAGUAUUAAGUUUAAGGGGUCACUGGGGUGGAAAGAGACCACUGUUGCGGCCAGGUGGGUGGGCUUUUCAAUUAGGGAAUCCACACUUCCCUGAUUUGGACGAUACCUCGUCUACAGUUAUUUCAAUGAUACGAUAUCAGAACCAUUUCCCUGUCAUAACCAAGUACACUUUCCCGCGGGGUCGAAUGGAUUCUUGGCAUGCAGAGUGUAAACGGAGGAUGGGGUGCCUUUGAAGCCGACAAUAUUCACUAUUACUUUGAAAGUUUUCCCUUUGUUGCUGAAUAUCCCGCCGUACUCCUUGACCCUCCUACCGUCGAUAUAACAGGGAGAUGCCUGGUCGCCCUAGCCCAUGCUGUCAGGAAUCCAUCCAUAGCUGCGGAUUUCCCCUCACUACAUGCAGCAAUACAGAACGGAGUGAAAUUUAUUUUAGACCGACAACGCCCCGACGGCUCGUGGUGGGGAAGAUGGGGGAUGAACCACUUAUAUGGGACACAUCUCGCCUUGUGGGGUUUAGCUGAGUCUGGAGCCAAAUACCAUGACGGGGUAGCCGUCCAGAGGGCGAUCGAGUGGCUGAAAAGCGUUCAAAAUGAGGACGGCGGAUGGGGGGAAAGUGUUACUUCGUAUGAAAUAAGCGUUGAUAAGUUUGUCCCUGCAAAUAGUUCGGCAUCUCAAACGGCGUGGGUACUCCUUGGUUUGUUAGACGUGGGAGAAGAGGACAGUCCCGCGGUGCAACUGGGACUUCGGUACCUUUUAAGAAAACAAAGACAGGACAACGGAUAUUGGGAUGAGAGUGUCAUGACUGGGGUUGGAAUUCCGAAUAUCAUGUAUAUUAAAUAUUUCGGUUACCCAAAGUACUUCCCGCUCACGGCGAUUGCUAAGUAUAAUCAGAUUCAGUCGGCAAAAAUGGUUGAAGGGAGAAGGACAAAGAGGCAAUUGGGUUAGACGAGGGGAAACUAAAAUAUUUAUGUAACUGCCAAAUGUAAGGUUUUGCUAAUCCUUCUAACAAUAGGAUAUUAUCAUGCUCCUACUUAAGCUACAUUGACAAAAAGUAAUUCGUAUAAAUUCUUAUAUGUUGAUAUUUCUAAAUAAUUUAAGCAAUAAAUAAGUUACAGUUAGUUUAUAAACCUAAGAAUGGUUGCACUGCACAUAUUGAAUUAUACAUAUCCUGCCAUUUAGCAAGAAUACUCCAACAAUAUGCUUAACUUUUAUCGCCAUAGUAACCAAAAACUAUAUUUUUCUCAACUCAGCAACAACACUCAACAAAUCACGGCUCUGCAUAAAAUUAAGGAAGUUAGAAACUUUGAAUCCAAUCGCAAUGGAUUUUGCUUCGGCUUCGAUUUAUUAAUGUGCUCCCCCGUAAGAAAUACAUUCGGCGCUGCAUCUCCAACUCGAGUCGUCGAUGAAUUCAAAAUUCAAACAAAGACUGAAAAUCCAGCGGAGCUUUAGAAUUCUUUACAACCGAACGGAAUCAAAGCCAGGCAAUCUUUUCCUUUGUAAAAUUUUAGCUCAAAGUAUUUCUUCCUGAUAAAUUUAAUAUAAUUAAUUUCACAUGAUUUUACUAUGAGAACGGAUUUACAAAUUUUAGCAUUUCGUACUCUAUUGAUGUCGUUGAAUUUAACAUAAGUUCAAUCUUCGUCUACGCCGCACAUUUGUAUAAAUUACUUGGAAUAUAAGCAAAGCUUUGGGAGAACUUUUUAACUGUUUGCGCAAUAAGUGGGUGUAGUAUCCCGCAACUUAUCAAAUUCCCCAAAAUGUAUCAAUUAAUUUGAAGUAGAUAGUAUGUUGGCUAUACUAUACAACCAAGUUUGGUAAUAAAGGUUCCAAAAUGCUGCCCUGGUGAAA